AUGCUUCCCAGUUCCCACACAGCAGACAACAAGAAAUGGCUCCAAAGCAUCAAACAAAAAGUCCAAGAACAGUCCAAGUUUGACGAUGAGUCAUGGACGUACUUUAUCGAAAAAAUUGCGAUUAAGUUGAGACGCAAAAGCCACAGAGAUGGUCCGAUUACAAAGUCGCUCGUGAGACUUCUCGAUCUGGGUGUCAAGCAGGAAGCUCACCUAAAGAUAUUGGGUGAUGACGGGGACAAACUUGAGAAAAAAUUGAAUGAAGACUGGCAUGAUAGUAUUUCUAACGUCAUUUCUUGCUACCACAUUUUUGAGUGCAUCCAGCCGCAAAAGAGUAAGAAUCACGGCGAUCAGACAGUGACUCCAGGAUCCAAACCCACUCCGUGUCGAGCGGCCCUUCAAAAACUGGUUGAGGAAAUCGAAGGGACAGAAUUUGACGUCACAUGGUGUGGUGUCGAUGGAUGCUUUUCAAGGCAAAUCAAAGAUUCCAAAGUGUCGAGAAACAACAAUUCUUAG